AUGUCCGGGGAUGUUCAGAAAGUGUUGCCGAAGCUUGGAGACAGAAGGUUAGCUCUUGCUGGGAGACAGUCUCAUCGUAACCGCAAAUUAACAUCAAUUGUUAAUGAAAAACUUAAACGAAAAUAUAAACGAUAUGAAAGAGUAGUAGAAAAAGAUGCUAAGAGCUACGAAUACAAAGCCUGGCAAAAUACCAUGCCCAUCAAGGACACAAUGCUACGCAUCAGAGGCGCUCAAAAAUGCCUUAAAAAGCGACGGGAAUCCGUAUUCCUAGAGGAAGAUCCUGAAAACAAAAAGUUUGGUAUCUAUGACGGAGUUUCCCUGGAUGCUAUGAAAUAUGAAAUAGACCAGAUUCAUAGGGACUCCCAUCCAAGGGAAAGACGACUCCGGAAAGUAGAACGACUUCUGGAGAGUGGGAAGCAUGACGGUCGCCUGGUGGAUUACGAUGAUGUCAAAAUUUCCUUAGAUGCGAUCUUAGAACGACCGUCACUCAUGCGUAAAAACGAAACAUCUCUGGCUUUAGAUAGUUUCAAUAAUUACAUGCGCCCUGCAAGUGCCCAUGCCUCUCCAAACGCAUACUCUCUCAAAAAAGGAUCCAACGAGGCAAAAUUGCGACUUCCACCUAUCGUUGUCAGUCGCGAAAACUCGAAUCUAGGAGCAGGCUUCGACCGGGUCAAGUCUAUGUCACUACCCACCCUGUUCGGGGAUGGAAGGUCGAGUACAUUUGCAUAUGACCCCGCCAAGUUUAAAAGGAAAUUUAGUAGCUUUCGUCACCAUUAA